GGGACCGUUCGCACACAGACAGACUCUGUCAGUGUGUGUGUGUGUCUGUGUGUGUGUGUCAGUCCUGUCAGUGAGCGCCCGGAUCGAUACUCCAGCAAUUAGUCGGCUCCAAUUAGUCCCCAUUACCCGCUGCUCAGCCGGGCAGUCACACACAGUUGCUGCUGCUUUCUCCUCCGACUGCAACAGCUGGGAUGUGUGAGUAGAAAGCCCGCCAGGCUCACUCGCAGCACCCAGAGGUGUCUCCAAACAUGGACAGGAUAGGGGUGUCAUUCUUGGACCCUCUGGAUGACUACGAGUUAAUCCACCGGAUUGGGUGCGGCACCUACGGAGAUGUGUUCAAGGCUCGCAACAUCAGGACAUCUGAACUGGCAGCUAUCAAGAUUGUCAAGCUCGACCCUGGGGAUGACAUCACAUCCAUCCAGCAGGAGAUCACGAUGAUGAAGGAGUGCAAGCACAAAAACAUUGUGGCCUACUUCGGCAGCUACCACAGGAACACCAAGCUGUGGAUCUGCAUGGAGUACUGUGGCGGAGGGUCACUUCAGGACAUGUAUCAUGUGACGGGCCCAUUAAAGGAGAAACAGAUAGCGUACGUGUGCAGAGAAACCCUCCAGGGUUUGUAUCACCUGCACGAAACUGGCAAAAUGCACAGAGACAUAAAGGGAGCCAACAUCCUUUUGACAGAGCGAGGAGAUGUGAAACUGGCUGAUUUUGGUGUGGCAGCAGAGAUCAGCGCCUCUGUAGCCAAAAGGAAGUCUUUUAUAGGAACUCCCUACUGGAUGGCUCCAGAGGUGGCUGCAGUGGAGAAAAAGGGCGGGUACAACCACCUGUGUGAUAUCUGGGCCGUCGGCAUCACUGCUAUCGAACUGGCUGAGCUCCAGCCGCCCAUGUUUGACCUCCACCCAAUGAGAGCGCUGAUGCUGAUGUCCAAGAGCAACUUCCAGCCUCCAAGACUAAAGGAUAAAACCAAGUGGUCUGCGGGUUUCCAGAGCUUUGUGAAGAUGGCUCUCAUUAAAAACCCUCGUAAAAGGCCCUCAGCUGAGACACUGCUGCAGCAUCCGUUUGUGACACAGUUGCUGACCCGUAACCUGGUCAUUGAGCUGUUGGACAUGGCCAACAACCCUGAGCUCCACAGCAGCCACACACACAGCAUGGACGACAACGAGCUGGAGGUUGGGGAAGUGGCUCCUGACAAGAUUCAGUCAGCAGGGAAACACCUGCCUGUAGAGAGGACCCUCUCUGAAGAACAAUUUGACCAAGUGAAGUUUGGGCCUCCGCUGAGGAAAGUCACAGAGCCUUAUCCUGAUUUGCAGGGCUCUUAUGACGAUGACUGGAGUCUGUCUGGAGAUGAAGACAACUCACCGAGCCUGUUGGAAUGUGUGGAGCAAGCUCUGCAGCUGAGGAGUUUGACAAUUAAGAGGGCGCCAUCUACUGACGGAGGUAGGAAGAGUGGUUUGUUCAGCCCGUCUACAGCCUCCCUGCCAGCGUUCAGCUCUUUAACUCCCAACACGGACGACCGUGACCUUACCCGGGGACCAAGCUGUACACUGGGCCCCGACACUGCCAUUGCUGCUGACUCCACCUCUGCUGCAGGGUUGGCCAGGUGCUCAGCCACGCAGGAUAUCAGGCAGCGCUGCAGUCUGCCCGUGGGGGACGCUGUAACAGCAGAUAAGAGGAAGGCUAACACUGUUUCCUCUCCGAAAAGAGAGACACCACUGUCACCUGAAUGGAGCACACUGAGGAAAAAUACUGAGGACUCUAGGGCUGAUUGUCAUGGACUUCCUCCUACCCCUCAAGUCCAUAUGGGAGCCUGCUUCUCCAAAGUCUUCAACGGCUGUCCUCUUAAAAUCCACUGUGCUGUCACCUGGAUUUUACCCAAGACAAGAGAUCAGUACCUAAUUCUGGGGGCAGAGGAAGGUAUCUACACACUCAACCUUAAUGAGCUUCAUGAAGAUACACUUGAGAAGCUGCUCCCCCAGCGAUGUACGUGGCUGUACGUUAUGAACAAUGUGCUGAUGUCUGUCUCAGGGAAGUCCUCCCAGCUUUACUCCCACAGUCUGACGGCUCUGUUCGAACAGAAAGGACAUCUGCAGAAGAAACACAGCAGUCUGUCCCUCAGCACCAACCGCUUCACUGAGAGGAUCAACCCCAGGAAGUUUGCCAUAUCUGUGAAGAUUCCCGACACUAAAGGCUGUAGGAGGUGUAGUGUAGCUAGAAACCCAUACACAGACAGUACAUUUCUAUGUGGGGCGGUUCCAUCCGGCCUGGUUCUACUGUUGUGGUAUGAGCCUCUGCAGAAGUUCAUGCAUCUAAAGCACAUAGCGAUUAAGCUACCAGACUCUCUGCCAAUCUUUGAGCUGCUGGUGUUGGUGACGGACGAGUUUCCCCAGCUGUGCGUCGGCGUGAGGGACUGUAGUAACGGGAAAGGCCCAAUCAGCCAACAGCUUAAGUUUGACAUCAUAGAGCUGAACAGCACUCCUAUUUCAGCUCCAGACAGUGGAGCACUCUGGGCAGCGCAGGUAACCCAGCUUGACAGAGACACUGUCCUCAUCGUGUUAGAAAAAACUGUUAAGAUUGUGAACCUCCGGGGGCUUCCAUCCAAAGAGCUGGCAGCUGAAAUGGUCUUUGACUUCCCCAUUGAAACUCUAGUCUGCUUACAGGACAGUGUGCUGGUUUUCUGGAAGCACGGCCUGAAAGGGAAGAGUUUCCAUUCCAACGAGGUGACUCAAGAAAUUACAGAUGAGAGUCGAGUUUUCAGGGUUUUGGGAACAAACAGGGACAUCAUCCUUCAGAGCACACCAACUGAUGACCCCUCUGCGCUGAGCAACCUGUACAUCCUGACUGGACAUGAAAGCAGCUACUGAGAGAACAUUUUCAGAGCUCACACUGAAGAGAACUGCAAGACCUGUUCUAUAACCCUGUAGUGGCAACAAUGUCCUCUUUGACUGGAACUGUAGCAGACACCAGCACCAAACGGACAUACCAACCCAAAUGUCUAAGAGAGACUUAUCAGCAUGCUAAGAGAGUUGGGUUUGCCAAAUAAAGCUGCAAUGUAAAAACUAUUAACAGCCUGAUUCACAGUGUGACUACAGCAGGGAAGAUCUACUGCUGGAAGAUCUAGACUGUUUCUGAACUGAUGUUUCCAAGCUUUUAUUUUGAUUUAUUAUUUGCUGCCGUCUUUGUCAGUUUCUGGAACCAGAACAUUUGGUAAAGCUGCAAGCACAGCUGAGUAUGAAUACAAUGUAAUAUAGGGGAUAUUACGUUUUAUUCAUACUCAGCUGUAUUUGUAUGCAAUAUCCCUUUAAAGGGAUAACGAUUAUCAUAAUUGCCACAAAGACACACAGUAGAGGAAGUGAUAGAAUGUAGGACCUUUUCCAAGGGAUUUCUGUGGAGACACUUUUUUGGAGCCAGCAUCUAGUGACCAUUGGUGGAACUGCAGUUUAAAGCAGUUGGACUUUGGCUUCACCACUCGGCCACAGGGGUUGCCUUUUUUUAGGGGUAUAUGGGCACUGGUUUCUCCACACAGUAAUGCUGAAUUUAGUUGUGCUGUGUAUUGUUAAGAGUCUGGCAAUAUGAUACGUAUCACAAUAUAGGGGUUACGAUUUGAUGUAUUGCAGUAAAUUGUGAUAUUGUAAGCAAGGCGAUAUAUUGGAUUUUGUUUUUAUCAUUAUUUAAUAUUAGGAAAACUGUCCAUCAUAAAAUCUGAGUAAAACGUCCCUAUAAGAUUCAACAUUAUAGCUGUCACUGCUAGUGGUUAAGGGUUCCAUCACAAAACUGUAUAGUGUUUUUGAUAAUUGAUACAAUGUCACAAAACAAAAUAUCAUGAUACAAUAUUUUGUAUUUUUUACACCGUUAGCGUCAUGUUACCCUAAUUAACACUGUUCACGUCAACAUCUAAAAGCUUUGAAUAUAUCCAAAUAGACACUUAAUUAUACGGAAGCCUAAGUCUGUCAUUCAAGGUAAUAGAGGGCUGCAGGGAUGACAUAACAGCAAAGGCCAAUGGGAUUUUUCCCAUUGUCCUGAGUAAAAAGCUAAUGUUAGGCUAUAAAUUAACUCUACCACCACUAAGCUGUCAACUUGUAAUUACAUUUUUUAAUUAAAAUCUACAAAUUGUGGGCGCCCAGUUAGCUCAGUCGUUAGAGCUGGUGACCCAUGUACGGAGUUGCUGCAGCGGCCAAGGGUUCAAAGCCAACAGUGCAGCCCUUUGCUGCAUGUCAUCCCCCCUCUCUCUGCCCACCCUCCCUGUCUAUCUUCAGCUGUCACUAUCAAAUAAAGGCAAUAAAAGGCCAAAAAAAUAACUUCACUAAAAAAUACAACAAGGCUGUUAAGGCGGACUAGUGAGUAGAUAAGUCAACGUGUUUUGUCACCGACAACCUCUGUAGUCUCAUUUAGCCACUUGUUAGCAACCACCUUUUUUAAGACACAUAAAAUCUUCAAAAUUCACAGGUGGGUUAUUUACUGACAGAUUUUAUGUAGUCAGUCUCUUGCUUGUGUUAACCACACACCUUAUUUCAGACAUCAAACCAAAAACACAUUCAAAAAACCCAUAGACUUCAAGGGGAGUGAACCAGAAGUGCUAAAAUGCUAACUCAAUUCCAGAUUUUAGUAAUCACUCCUGCAACACUAAUAAACGCAAAUUGAAUGGAUAUAAUACCAUAGUCCUCAAGUGCAAAACACAAUAGCAAAUCACCUUUUGAAUUGUUGUUUUGUACUUCGUGGCUACCGUAAUAAAGCACUAUAUUAUCAACGUAUAGUACUUUUAAGCAUCACGUGACCAGCUGUUCUAAAAUGCUAUCCAUAUAACCUGAACGCAGCAUAUGUCACACCAAGCUAAAGGAGCACUUACCUGACCCUUACCUUCCACACCCUCAAACAGGUGAUAUGAGAUUUAGAAAAUAAUUAAUGCUAAAGUGUAACACUGAACCAAAUUACAACUCCACUUCCAUGUUCCACUUAGCUUCCAGCACUCUCUCUCAUAUGAGGCUUCUGUCACCAUUCUCUGAAAAACUGACAUUUCAGCAGUUACAGUUAGCAUCAGGCUUUAAAUGGGAUACUGUAUGUUAUUGUAUGCUAACUCAUGAAGUGUUCAAAUAUUACUAGCCAGUACAGUAGUAGAUAAUCAUUUAUCUUAAAGCCCCUACAAGGAACUUUCAUUUUGGGUUGAUUCUGGCGCCCCCUGUGGACAAAGGUGGUAGUGUUUCUACAGCCUUGUUUCAUUGAUUUCUGGGGGAGUCAGAUCCAGUGGCAGCCAUUAGAAAUAACUUAAUGGAAAUAGCCAGUCUUGUCGCUGAUGGUUUGUUAUUUCGGGUCAUAUAGAGUUAUCAACAUUAAAUUGAGGUAACUGAUCUGGUAGCUUUUAAGGAAACCCAUUGACAAAAAAAGAGUAAACUCUGUGAAAGUUCUGAUGUUCGCAAGUUCUUACAUCACCUCACUCAGGCCUAUGUUCUCGACAGCUACAACAAAAUGUGUUUCAGUCAUUGUUUGAAUUAUUAAGACCGAGAAUUAUGUAAAAAUAUAUACAUUGUUGAAGAAGCUAUACGUCUCCUGAUGACAUAGAAGAGCGUAGGUCUGUAUUAUUAAUUGAACUCACACACAGACUAAAUGUACAUCUGAUUACAUGAGGUGCCAUAGAAACAGAAUGCAAUUAAAUUGUAAUUCUACUUGUUUGACUAAAAUGUAAAUGCCACUACAUUAGAGUUGUGUGUGUAAUGAUAUUUAUGGUAUUUAUGGAAAGGGAACUGUAUAAGUAACACUCCCCUUUCCCUGACAGAUACUUGAAAGACAUAAUAUGCAUAUGGCUAUUUGUUUUUAAGAAGAUUGUGUUGUUAUUGUGUAUAAAAUCUAUGUAUAUAACAAUACAGUAUGCUCUUAUGUUAUGGAGAACGGGUUGUAACGUUAAUAUGAGAAAUAAAGAUUUUAAUUUCCUUUGAA